AGAAACAGUCAGAUCGCUAGAGAGAGAGAGAGAGAGAGAGAGAGAGAGGGCCCUGUGAUUCGCGCGCAUGUUCGCUGUGCUAAAACCCUAGAAUUCUUUGGUUCAGUAGCGAAGAAAGAUUGAAAAUGGUGGACAAGAAGAUCAGGAACGAGGCUAGCAGUAGUAGCAGCAGCAUCAGUGGAAGCAGCAACAGAGGCGAAAGCGUCGUAGUCAAUGUUGGCCCCCGCCAAAACUCUUGCGGUUAUUGUAAAUCCUCUGGGCCCUCCAGUAUUUCUCACGGUCUACGGGCACGUAGUUUGACAGUUGAUCAUUAUCAAGCCCUUCUUGACAGAGGUUGGAGAAGAUCUGGCUCUUUCCUUUACAAACCUGAGAUGGAAAGCACAUGCUGCCCUUCUUAUACUAUCCGUCUGAAGGCGAGUGAUUUUGUCCCUUCCAAAGAGCAACUUCGAGUGUCUAAACGGAUGCAAAGGUUUCUAUGUGGAACAUUGGAUGUGAAAAAGAGAGAUAAGUUCAGAAAUGAGCCAAAUGCUUCUCAGGGUUCAUGCAGCAGUGCACCUAAUGAAAUUAGAAGCUCAGCAGCAAGGGAAUCAUUGGCAGGUAAAAAUGAAGAGAAGAAUAAAGCUGAACAAUUUAUGCAUUAUUUUUCGGACCAGAUUGAUAAUGCAGUACAAGUAUUUGUUGGAAGUGGAGAGUGUCCUUGUGACAUUCAAUUACCAAAAGCUUCUAUUAAAAAAGUUGCACCAUCCAAACGGAAGUUACUAGUUGAAGGAUCUGAAGAUCUCUUGUUCUCCAGCAAUAUUUCUUUCCAGAUUGCAGCUGCUUUAGGGCGGGCAGAGAAGGACGGAUACAAUUUAAAGUUAUCAAGAAAUAGUGCACAAAAAAAUGGCCAGUCUCUUGAGCUUUCCUCGACAAUAAUUGCAGAAAAACUAUCAAGUUCAUUAAAUCAGUUGGCAGAAAGCUCUGGUCUGUCAAUCAGAGCCUGCAAUGGGCACAUUAACUUCUAUUCUGCUAAAAAACGAGCUUGGUCAGACGAAGUGGUUGAAAGUGUUUCUAUCUCUAAAGAGUCUCCUACAAACAGUGGAAUUAAAGGGAGUUGUUCAAAGGAGAUCUCUGAAUUUCCUCAGGGAGAAAGACGGAAGCUUGAGUUUCGUUUGAAAAGAUCAAGUUUUGAUCCAGAAGAAUUUGCCUUGUAUAGGAAAUACCAGAUUAAAGUGCAUAAUGAUAAACCAUAUCAUGUCACAGAAAGCUCAUACAAGAGGUUUUUAGUUGACACUCCCUUAAUAUUUGUUCCAUCAAAUGGCAAUGAUACAGUUCCUCCUUGUGGCUUUGGUUCAUUCCAUCAACAAUAUGUGAUUGAUGGCCAGCUAGUUGCAGUUGGUGUGAUUGAUAUCCUUCCUAAAUGUUUGUCAAGCAAAUAUUUAUUUUGGGACCCAGACCUUGCCUUCUUAUCACUAGGAAAGUAUUCGGCCCUGCAAGAAAUAUCUUGUGUGAAAGAGAAUCAACUCAGUUGUCCUAGCCUCGAGUAUUAUUAUCUGGGCUAUUACAUUCACUCCUGCAUCAAAAUGAGAUAUAAAGCAGCAUAUCGCCCGUCUGAGCUUCUCUGCCCUCUUCGUUACCAGUGGGUGCCAUUUGAUAUCGCAAGGCCGUUGCUUGAUAGGAAACGGUACGUCAUCUUAUCUGAUUUUGCCACUUUACCAAAUGAAGAGCCCUCAGCACCUAAAACACUUGAAAAUGAUAUGGAACUGCAACAUGAUGACCCUGCCCAAGAAGACAUGAAUGAUAUUCCUAUUGAUGAAGACGAAGAAAUGGAUGAACCUGAUUUUGAAGAUUCUGAUGAUGAAUCAGGCUCAGAAUACAGUGGUUUGACUUAUGCGCAAUUGGAAGACGGAAGUGUCAGUGAUAUUUUGAUUGGGUUAAAGGGAUCUCGCCUCAGAUAUAAGGAUCUACAACAUGCAAUCAAACCCUCGAGAAGGAGUUACAUGGAAACCGAGUUGUGUAGAUACAUGAGAGCUGUGGGUACAGUGCUUUCUAAGCAAAUGGUUUAUUCAUUUGAGUGACUUGACAACGAUCUCAAUCUCAAAUAACAUAUUUAUAUUCCACUGUUGGAACUCAAAUAUUUCUGCUGGUGAUCAAAUUGGGAACCAAAAUGUAGCUGUUAAAGAGUUCUUCUUCCUGAGGAUUAUUCCGAUAUGUGAACAAUUACAUAUUUGAAUUCCAGGUUCAUAUGGUGGAUUGAAUAGUUGGUUUCGUAAGUUUUCUGGACUUGGGAGAAAUAAGUCUUUUGGAUGUAGAUAUGUUUUAUUCUCUCUUUCUACCCUUUUUUAACACAAGUUCCACCCUUGAGGUACUAAGGAAAAUGGUAUAUUUUCCCAACCUUCAUUGCUUUUUCUGAGGUAUGAUUUAUUCAUGAAUGUUUCUCUAACA